UAUAGAAACAGUCUGUACACUUCAGUUAUAGCCGACCACCGUGUACAAUGUUCACAAUAAAUAAAUAGCAAAUAUUCAUACAUCAUAUCACAAGUAUUCAUAGCAAUUUUAAUAACACAAAAGUACAUACGGAUAGUUAUGUAGUAGUCAUUAAAAAUACAAGUGACCUUUUAGUGUUUGUUCAAUACAUUUUUGUGUCUUUGGAUUUAAUUGUGUCAGGAUAUAUACAAGAAUUUUUUUUUACUAACAUGGUCAACCAGAGCAACAUGAGUACAUUAUCUCAGAAGACGCUUCUUACAUUCAGUAUAACGACUGCAGCUUUGUUAUGGACCCAAUCUGGAGGUGUCUUCAUUCCAAAUCUAUCGGAGGGUUGCUAUCGCUGCCUCUGCCACGUUUCUACUCUUUGCCAGCUCUCAAACGAAUGCAAGGGUGGGUACUGUGGACCCUUCAACAUCUCCAGGGUAUACUGGGUGGAUGCUGGCAAAGUCACGCUACCAGAUGAUGAUCCUGACAGGAACAAUGCGUGGAGAGACUGUGCCAGAGACUACUACUGCGCAAAGAAAAUCAUAGAAGGAUACCUUCAAAGGUUCGCUAAGGACUGCAACGGUGACGGUGUGACAGAUUGCUAUGACUACAUGAUGAUUAAUGGCAACGGAGGGUAUGGAUGUACUUCGCCUCUCAACAGAUCAGAGAAUGGAAGGAGAUGGCUCAGGAGAUACGAGGAAUGUCGCAGUUCACUCAUCAGAACCUAAAACUUAAUAUAUAUAGUAACAUUUCGAGUUAUAUUUCUAAAUUAAAUCUAUCAUGGUUUUAAAAUAUGAGAAUUUUAUAAUAUUUAUCAAGCUAAUUCAGACCGUAUCACCCAAAAAUAGUCUUAAAAAUAUCUCACUCAUAGAGCGAAUGCUGUGCCAUCAAAAGACACAUUCCUUUAUUUUUUGAUAAAAAAAAUUAUUGCAUGUGUGCUCAGUAAAAUAUUUACAGGAAAGGGCUCAAAUAAGAUUGAUUAAAAUUCAGGUUUUACAAUUAUUA